CAUAUACGAACGACUUAACGAGAACAUAAUAAUCACAGGAACCACAUUUAGAGGGAAGGAGAGAUGCUGUAUUAAGCAUCCUCAUAAUUUAUUCACAUCAAAUAAUCCGGGUGUGAGUAUAAUAGAAAACCUAUCUGACUCGUUGGAUUCAGACAUAAGUGACGAUGAAAAUUAA